AGUCAUUGCAACAGAGAGUAUGCAGAGUAUCUGCAGGAAGAAGAGGGCAAUAAUGUUGAAGAGACUUCGAAGAAAGUGGAAAAAGAAGCUGCUACUCACAGCUCUUGGGGUCAAUCUCAUUUUGAGUGCAUUGUUAGACCAUAUUCCGUUUCAAAGGGUUUCUUGCGCUUCCUAAACAAUUUGCAAUGGAAAACGGUCUCUUCAACAAGAAAUGUGGUCUGAUUAUCAGAGACGAAAGACAAAGAUCGUGGAAUUUAAGGCUUGUUACCUAUGAUUCAAGUGUCCGUGUAUUUGGUGGAUGGAGUGACUUCUGCGCUGUGAAUAACUUGAAGGAGGGAGAUUAUAUGAUGUUUGAGGUUGUUGCUAAUGGAGAAAAACCUAUAUGGAAAUUUCACUAUCUUAGGCAUAAGACGUCGGACAUGACUACUCUGAUAUCGCAAACACCAGCUUCAACAUCUGCUGAUGCCAACCCUCAUUUUAUAUCCACUAUCAAACGUUACACCUUCACAAAAGCUAUUUUGUAUUUUCCGAUGCGUUUUGUGAAAUCAAAUGGCUUGAUGAGUAGAAGUGAGAUGAUUCUUGUCGAUGGAAAGCAGAGAUCAUGGUCAGUGUGGCUUGGGCAAAUGGAAAACCACUUUGGAAUUAAAUGGGGAUGGCCACAGUUCAGAAAAGCAAAUGGUUUUCAAGAAGGAGAUACUUACAAGUUUGAACUCACCAACAAUGGCACAAUACCUAUAAUUCAUAUGAGUAAAUAUUCUGGGAAUUAAGGAUGCCAAUUGCCAAGCAACACAGAAGUCAUUGCAGAUGAUAUGAAGCAUUUGAUGAUGGGCAAAGAA